CCCGCGGCCCCCCUCGGCCUGCCCAGGCCCGAGGCGCUCUACUACCCGGGAACCUUACUGCCUCUGUACCCCACCCCGCCAGUGGGCUCCUUUCCUCUGCUGAACCUGCCUACACCCCUGUACCCCAUGAUGUGCUCCAUGGAACACCCCCUGUCGGCAGACAUCGCCACAGCCACCCACGCAGAUGAGGACGGGGACACGCCUCUGCACAUCGCUGUAGUGCAGGGCAAACUGCCUACUGUGCACUGGCUGGUGACCCUUUUCCAGCACGGGGGCCGAGAGCUGGACGUCUAUAACAACCUGCGUCAGACCCCGCUCCACCUGGCUGUGAUCACCACGUUACCGGCCAUGGUCCGGCUUCUGGUGACGGCUGGUGCCAGCCCCAUGGCGCUGGAUCAAAACCUGUGCUUCCCGCCUCAGGACAUUAAGAGCGGCCGUUCCCCGCUCAUCCACGCCGUGGAAAACAACAGCCUCAGCAUGGUGCAGCUGCUGUUGCAGGUGGGCGCGGUCCUGUCCUCCCCACCCCAUUCAUUCCCAGACGCGAUCCGGACCCGGGACCCCCCCCAGCGCGCCCCCCACCGACCGGCCUCCCGUCCUCCCGCAGGUCUUAUUUCCGCCUCGCCGUCCUCCUCGCCCUCCCAGUCUCCCCCCAGCGACCCGCCCGGAUUCCUCCUGGCUCCUCCCAGCUUCUUUCUUCCUCCCCCAUCUCCACCUGCCUUCCUGCCCUUUCCUGGGGUUCUCCGAGGCCCUGGCCGGCCGGUGCCCCCAUCCCCGGCUCCAGGAGGCAGCUGAGAAGGAUGGGGGGGCAGAUCUCGGACUCAUGAAGAGGGCCCUCCCUGCGCUGGGGGGUCUGCGCUUCCGGAAACUGUGAAGAUCUCACUCUGCCCCCCCCCAUCUUCAGGACCAGGAUUUGCACCAAAGCACGCGCACCUACUCCCGAGCCCCUCUUCCGCGCAUAGCUCUCCCCCGCCCUGUCCCACCAACCAAGGACUCUGGCACCCUCCGGCCCUGGGCCCCGGUCUGGAACUCCACCCAGAUGUUCACUUCCUGUCCCCUCCUUGAGCUGGUGGAAGCAGGGAGCAGCCUCCCCCCAGCCCUCUAUCCGGAUGGAUGAGGACGGAGGGGCUUAGGCAGGCACUGGUAACAAUGUAAAUUAUUAGGCACGUGGGUUAGAUUUCAUUUGUAAUAAACUAUUUUUGUAC